AUGAGCAUCCCGAUCUCCUUACCUAUUGACAACAUACGCCAAGCACUGUCAUCCAUAGUCCCGCUAGCAUCGUGGAAGACCCUGGCAUUGCUCCUAGCCUUGAUCAAUCUCAAGAAUCUCCCUUUUGUCUGGCACAUCCGUCUUCUCCAUGUAUUCCUGAGGAAUAUCCGGUGGAAACCAGAUGCUCCAUUUUACCCCAAUGGCAAAUCCAUCACCGUUAAUGGCAAGCCGAUACAUCCCGUUUUCGCGUCGUACGGGCUGAGCACCCGCACGCCUCUCCUGGAAUCAGACUACAACCUCCACAAAUCCAACAGCACCUACUUCUCCGACCUGGACAUUGCGCGGACCGCGCUUGCCACGCGCAUCUUAUCCCCGGGCGUCGGGAUCCUCAGCAAAGUACUCGAUCAAGAGACCAUCGAGAAAUGCCGUAAAGAAGGCAAACGCGUGCCGAAGAAGUUACCAUGGAUGUACAUCGCCGUGGGGUCCGUGUAUUGCAGUUUCAAGCGGGAGAUUAAGCCGUUUGAGCGUGUGGAUAUCCAAUCUAAAGCCGUCGCAUGGGACGAGAAGUGGUUGUACGUGUUGAGUUUCUACAUCCGUCCUGCUAAGAAAGGUGGUGACGGGAAGAAGACUCUGCUAGCUACCGCUCUCACCAAGUAUGUUGUCAAGAAAGGCCGCUUGACGGUUCCCCCGGAGCGGGUUCUCCGUACUAGUGGGUUUUUGCCGCCUCGACCGGGAAGUGCUGGUGAGACGCCUUUGCCUAUGGAAUCGAAAGAUGUCUCUGGAAUUGUCACGCCCGCGGAAGGAGAGGGACUCAGGGCUACAGCUGGAGUGGAUGACUCGCUCGUGCGGGAGGUCUUGAAGAUUGAUGCGGACCAGGUCCCUGGUCGGGAAACGCUCGAAGAGCAGAAGAAGGUCAAUUCGGAAUCAUGGUCUGCGGACGAGUGGACGUGGGAGAGGAUCGAGCAGGAGAGACUGAGAGGGUUAAAGGUGGUGGAGGGAUAUAGUACCCUGGAUGUGAAGCUGCAGCAGGAAUGGGAGUAUCAAUAG